AUGCCCUUGUCAACUAUACACUCGGCGCCAGCUUUGGACUCAUUCACACCUUUAGUAGAACACCAAACGCAAACACCAAGUACAUUUUACGAUGCUAGACCUAUAUUACAUUAUCACGCUCAGGGUGCGCGCGUGGUUGCUUACGGAGAAUAUAUAAAAGAAUUACCUUUUUUUGCAGACGGCCCGGCGCAAAGUACAGAAGCUGCAGCAGUAGAGAUUGUCGACGCCUACAUAUCCACUGAGAACGUUACCAUAUUCAAUAAUGCCACUUCGGCUGGACUCGCCAUUCCUUAUACUUCCAUAUCUCUACACGCCAUUCAACGACUGCCUGAUCCUACUGAUGCUUCAAAAGGUGAGGUGACUGGGCUGUUCAUGCAACUGGAGACACCCCCUCCUGCUGGAGAAGAUAUACCAUCGAUUAUCGAGUUGGUUCUUAUUCCCGCUGAAUCGGAAUCUACAAAAACCGUGUUCGAGGCUUUGUCCAACUGUUCAAAUCUUGUACCAGACGAAGAGGAUGAAGAUAUGGAAGGGGGAGGCGCCGAGAUUCAAUUUGAGGGCAACAUUGGAUACGAAGGUAUCAGUGGACUACCUGGAGUACAACAAGGAGCUACAGAUGGUGGAUUACCCCCUCCAUUUCCUGGCAGUGGUGGCUGGAUUACUGCGGAAAAUGUUUCGGAAUAUUUUGAUGCGGAGGGUAAUUGGAUUGGGGGUGAAGAUUCCAAUGAAAUUGAAGUACUUGGUGAUGGUGCUGGAAGAGUUAGGGGGCAUGAUGAGAUGGACGGUGAUGCGGAGACAAAUGGCUACAAGGAGGGAGAUGAGGCUAGUAAACGCCCAAGGACCGAUUGA